GGCUCUAAGGGGCAGAGGGCAAGGCAGAGCAGAGUAGAGUACACAAGCAAAAACAAGCUUUUUUCCUUUCUCGGUUUGAAGCUAAGCGCCAUGCUGAGUCUGCUGCCCAUUUUUUUGGCUCUCCUUUUGGGCCUAGCUUUGGCUUUUCUUCUCCAAAAGCUCUUCUUGGUGAAGCCAUUAGAGCCUAAAAACCUGCCUAGAGGGAACAUGGGAUGGCCCUUCUGUGGGGAAACUCUUGGAUUCCUCAAGCCUCAUAAGUCCAAUUCUUUGGGAAGCUUCUUGCAGGAGCACUGUUCUAGAUAUGGGAGGGUUUUCAAGUCAAAUCUAUUUGGGUCUCCUACCAUAGUUUCCUGUGAUCUUGAGCUCAACAUGUUCAUUCUUCAGAAUGAAGAGAAGCUGUUCCAGUGCAGCUACCCCAAGCCCAUUCAUGGCAUCCUUGGCAACUUGUCCUUGCUGACCAUCUCCGGAGACCAUCACAAGAAGCUCAGAAGCUUCAUCAUCGGCUUCGUCAGCGCUUCUAAGUCGGCACCCGACUUCCUUCAUUAUGUAGAGAAGUUGUCAAUCUCAAUGAUGGAGUCAUGGAAGAAGAAAAAACAUCAAGAAGUUGGCUUCUGCAAAGAAGCCAAAAUGUUCACAUUCAAUCUUAUAGUGAAGCACAUAUUGAGCAUUGAUGAGGAAGACCCAGUAGCAAUAAAGAUAUUAGAGGACUUCCUUACCUUCAUGGAAGGUUUUGUGUCUCUGCCACUGAGCAUCCCAGGGACAUCAUUUGCAAGGGCUGUGAAGGCCAGAGCAAGGAUCUCUUCCACAGUCAGAGAGAUCAUAAAAGAGAGGGGAAAACAAAUUGGGCAGGCUGCAGAAGAAGAUUUCUUAGAUGGGAUUUCAUCCAAAGGCUUGAGUGAUGAUGAAAAAGUGAGUCUUGUGUUGGAUAUACUGCUUGCUGGCUAUGAAACAACUGCAACACUUAUGGCCUUGGUUGUUUACUUUCUUGGGCAUGCACCACUUGCUCUGGAGCAAUUAAAGGAAGAACAUCUAGCAAUAAGGAAAAGCAAGAAGGAUGGAGAAUACUUGAACUGGGAAGAUUACAAGCAAAUGAAGUUCACCAACAAUGUUAUAAGUGAGGCUCUGAGAUGUGGAAACAUAGUCAAAUUUGUGCAUAGGAGAUCUCUUCAAGAUGUCAAAUUCAAAGGGUACCUCAUUCCCUCUGGAUGGAAGGUCCUUCCUAUCUUUGCUGCGGUCCAUCUCGAUCCAUCCCUUCAUGAAAAUCCCACAGAGUUUAAUCCUUGGAGAUGGGCAGAUCAUGCAGUGAGCAGGAAGGUGAUCCCAUUUGGCGGUGGGCUUCGGAUCUGCCCCGGGGCAGAACUCGCUAGAGUCGAGACGGCUUUCUUCCUUCACCAUCUUGUCCUUAAUUACAGGUGGAAACCAAAAAGAGAUGACUUCCCAUGUUCUUACCCUUAUCUAGAGUUCCAGAAAGGGUUGGUAUUGGAGAUAGAAGCAAUCAAGAACUUUCCUUCCUAUACAGGAAGGACACAAAUGAAAAUAUGAUAUGGAUUUCAGAAUUUUAGAAAAUAAGUGUAGUUUUCCAGAUGCUGUAAUGAGCCCAUUGUAGUGCAAUCCAUUCUGUGAGUAAAAGUAAGAAAGGGUAGAACAUGAUAAAGUUGGAGUAAGAAAGAAUUAAAGGGGAGAGCAGAUAUAUAGGCUUGUAAUAAUUUUUUAGUCAUAAUACUAUUAAUAUCCAAGUUUGAUCA